UAUUCUCUAGCUCGUUGGCUUCUCUGUAGUGGCAGUUUACGAUGGUAUCAACAUCCCACUGAAGAAGAAUUACGAAUUCUUGCAGGGAAGCAACAAAGGGGGAAAAGCAAAAAAGAUAGAAUCUCCAAAUUCUUCUGUUUUGAUGAUCUUACGGUGUUUAGUAGCUGUUACCCCCAAACUACUGUCUCCCUUUAAAAAACAAAAUGCUCUUAUGCUGGCAUGAUUUGAAGGCCUCAGUUCUUACUCUGUGAUGAGCAUGAUCUUUAAAACUUGGAGCUAAGCCCCUACAGAAGUGGAAAUAUUCAGUAUGUAUAUGCAUGUGUGUCCUUUUUGUUGUAAGGGAAACUACAGAAAUGAUGCUUAAAAUCUGGACAAAGCUUGAAGAAAUAGGAUGCAGGAGGAAUUUUUUAAAUCUUGCUGGGGUAAGGAAACAGUUUUCCUGGCCAGCAUGUCCUCACCAGCAAAGUGUAUUGGACAACCCUUUGUUCAGGGGUGAAAGUAACUUAAGGGACUUACCAGUACGCAGGGCAGCCGGGGUUCUGAGUGGGGGCUCAACUGGAAGGGGUGAGGUCUCAGGCAGAAGGGGCAGGGCUGGGGCCAGACUCCCCAAGCCAGCCCUUCAGCGUGGCCAGGCUGUGAUUUAAAGGGCCCGGGGUUCCAGGCUGCUGCCGCCAGAGCUACCCCAGGGCUCUGUCGGUGAUUUAAAGGGCCAGGGGCUCCAGCUGCGGUAGCGGCGGCCGGGAGCCCUGGGCCCUUUAAAUCAUCGCCGGAGCUCCAUGGUAGUGGUAGCAGCAGUGGCAGCCAGGAGCCCCGGCCCCUUUUAAAUUGCGGGGCCCUGGGGAAGCUGCGCCUUUUGGCCCCCCUCAUCAGUGGUCCUGCCGGUACGGUUGGCUGUGUACCGGCUCUUACUGGUUGGCUGUACCAGGCCGUACCGGCUUACUUUCACCUCUGCCUUUGUUUCUUUCUGUUGCAGCUAGUUAGGGAUCUCCUGUGUAGGAACAAGAUGGAAUGGCGUCAGCUGGUGGGAGUCCAGGGAAGAGGUUAACACAGUAAUUCCUUUUCCUUUCACUGGAGUCUCCACCUUACAAAAAAAUGUAUUCUCUGAUCCGUCUCCUGUGUAGCUCUGUCCCAUAGUCAACUGACCUCCCAGCUGAGGCUGUUUACAUCCCACAGAUCCUUUCUUCUAGACCUGUGGUCCCCAAUGCGGUGCCUGCGGGCACCAUGGCGUCCGCUGAGACACUUUUGUGCACCCGCAGGACACCGCGCCGCCGACAUGCUGCCGCCGAGCACGGCCACUGGAGAACUGCCCGCCGAAAUGCUGCCGAGAAGCAUUGCCGUUUCUUGGCAGCAUUUUGGCGGCGGCGUUUGUUGCUGCUGCUGCUUCUUGGCAGUACUUUGGCGGCCGGUUCUCUGGCGGCCGCGCUCGGCAGUGGCAUUUUGGUGGCGGGGUGUCCGGUGCCUGCCACAGUCUUCUGGGAAUAGCAAUAAGCUAUUCCCACAGAAAGGUUGGGGACCACUGUCCUAGACUUUAAGUGUAGUUCUACACUGAAAAGUAAUUGACAGUGUGUAAAUUUUAUUAACUUAAAGUAAAAAAUAUUUUCUAACAGCCUGAUCUACAAACUCAACCAGGUAUCUGAAAGUCUGGCCUGUGCAUACAGUUUGUACAGGACACAUGUCCUCAUUUGCACCUGUUUCACAGGUAGGCAGAAUUUUGAAUGAAGGCAAAACUUGGACACGGUUGGCCUUGCAAUUGGAGGUUAGUUAAUCUUGCUGCUGAUACACAAGCCAGGAAAGAAUAUGACACUGAUAUAGCUAUGCUGUGUCUGCAGUUAUAAGGAUAAUAAGCAGAGUAAGGUUUUACUAAAAUAAGCAGGUAUGACUGAGUGUAGAACAGUUGUUUAGAGGAGUAGAAAAAUGUCUUAAACUUGUUUUUAUUUGGUAGUUAACAGGAGAACUGGUGUGGCAGGGAUCUACGUCAUCUGAUGAGCUGGAUUGUACUUGCCAUACAUUGCAGUGUAUGUCUAUGUUUGGGGGGGGGGGGGGGGGGCGAUGGAGUAAAACCUAGGGCAGCGAGUCUCAGAACCUGGAUCUACAGACUCAAGCUUGUGUUAUGGCGCUAAAAAUAGCAGUGCAGACAUUCCCACUUAGGCUCUGAAGCCCAGCCUGCUUGCGGGAUAUCAGAGCCUGAUCUCUGGCUUGAGUGGGAACAUCUACGCUGCUGUUUUUAGUGCUGUAGACCCAGGCUCUGAGAUUUGGUGCUGCAAGGUUUGUUUUUUGUUUUUUUUGUGUUUUUUUUUUUUGUUUUUGUUUUUGUUUUUGUUUUUUUUGCAGUGUAGAUGUACCCUCUCAGGCUUCAAGACUGCAGAGAGCUGUGGUCCCAGUCAGUGUUUAAAAUAUAAUGGUCAUAUUGAAAAUAAACCCCUAACCAUUCCUAAGGAUAUUGAUCUUCAUCUGGAAACAAAGUCAGUUACUGAAGUGGACACUUUAGCAUUGCAUUAUUUUCCUGAAUAUCAGUGGUUGGUGGAUUUCACAGUUGCAGCUACAGUGGUGUACUUGGUAACUGAAGCCUACUACAGUUUGAUGAAGCCCUCACAGGAAAUGAAUAUCAGCAUAGUCUGGUGUCUGCUUGUUUUGGCUUUUGCCAUCAAGAUACUGUUCUCAUUGACUACUCACUACUUCAAAGUAGAAGAUGGUGGUGAAAGAUCUCUUUGUGUCACCUUUGGCUUUUUUUUCUUUGUCAAAGCCAUGGCAAUCCUUAUUGUAACUGAAAAUUAUCUAGAAUUUGGACUUGAAUCGGGGUUUUCAAAUUUUUCAGAAAGUGCUGUGCAGUUUCUUGAAAAGCAAGGUUUGGAAUCCCAGGGUCCUGUGUCUAAACUAACCUUCAAAUUGUUCCUGGCUGUUCUUUGUUCACUUAUUGGUGCUUUUUUGACAUUCCCUGGCUUACGACUGGCUCAAAUGCAUCUGGAUGCUCUGAAUUUAGCAACAGGAAAAAUAACACAAACAUUGCUGCAUAUAAACUUCUUGGCACCUUUACUUAUGGUCUUAUUGUGGGUAAAACCAAUCACCAAGGACUACAUUAUGAACCCACCUCUGGGCAAAGAGAGCGUGCCUUUAAUGUCAGAAGCAACAUUUGAUACGGUACGACUGUGGAUAAUUAUCCUAUUGUGCGCUUUACGGUUGGCCAUGAUGCGCAAACACCUGCAAGCCUACCUUAAUUUAGCACAGAAAUGUGUGGAUCAGAUGAAAAAGGAGGCUGGCAGAAUAAGUACAGUUGAUCUGCAGAAAAUGGUGGCCCGAGUAUUUUAUUACCUUUGUGUAAUUGCAUUGCAGUAUGUGGCACCUCUGGUAAUGCUGCUUCAUACAACUCUGCUUUUGAAAACAUUAGGUAAUUAUUCCUGGGGCAUCUAUCCAGAAUCUAGCUCUGACUUUCCAGUGGAGAACAGACCACUCCCCAGUUCAGUUUACUCUGACUCUCCAUCUGCUGAUGGAAAGAUGAAGGUAACUGUAGUACAAAUAACAAUGGCAUUGGGCAGCCUAAAGAACAUUUUCACUCCUCUCCUAUUCCGAGGACUCCUGUCUUUUCUCACUUGGUGGAUUGCUGCUUGCCUCUUCUCCACAAGCCUUUUUGGGCUUUUCUAUCACCAGUAUCUGACUGUGGCAUGAAUAAUCAGCUCACAAAGGAAACGUAUGAAAUUAACUUCUCUGUUCAAACCCAUGUACCCCAGAGGGGCUGAAGAAAAAAAUGGAAGAGUGCACACGUGAAGAAAAAACACAUAUCAAGUUUUAUUCUUAAAUGCUUCCUCUGUAUUCUCAGGGUGAAUAUUAUGUUUAAAAUCACAAUUGGGUUUAACUUUUGUUACCGAAUGGUAGGUAACUAACUGCUGAAUUAUGAUAUUGGAACUGUGACUAACUUUUUUGUGUGGCUGAUAUUGGAGGGCUAGUUAAAAGAGUAGCGCCUGUGGGUACCUUGCUUUCCAUUAACACUAAGCCACCCUCAAAACUUUGUAUACUGCUUCAGUCGUUGACUGAUGACUCUUAGUGGUAUUGAGGUACAGGUAACACUCAUGGUGGCUGCCUAGUUAAACAAUCUUGAAACUGAGCCAUACAAUGAGGAGAGAAAAUAAUUUCUGUUGGAUCGAUAUUGAUCACUUUUCUGUGUGAAAAGCAAAAAAAAAUCCAACAGGACAAAAGAAAUACUGUAUAUUACAGUAAAGAAAACUACGUAAUAUUUGAAUUUAGGAUAGGAACAAAUGCAUGGACUCUGCAAGUAUUGCUGCUGAAGAAAUGCAGGAAUGCUCAUGUGUAAGAAGAAUAUUAUAAAAUAUAUAUUGUCUCAAUCCCUGCAGUCAUUUUAAAAUAAUGAAUGGCCAUAUAAACCCUUGCAAGUACAGUAUUGGUGCUACUAUUGAUCCACAGAUUCCAUUUGGGUCUUUUAAAUUUCAUUUUUCCAGGUAAUAGAUAAAUUCCAUUGAAUUCACAAAAUAUUUGGAAUAGAUUAUCAACACUGAUCAAACUGUUUAAAAAGAAUAACUAUAAUCCUGCUGAGUGUGUAUGUAUCUGUAAGUAUAUAUAAAUAUAUAUUAUAUAUUAAAUAUAUAAUAUAUAUGGAGUCUAUAAAAAUAAAUAUUGAAUCUUUAAGUUUGCUGAAUGUAUGUUACAGGGCAGUGGGACAGGGACAUAUAUGUACCUAAUAAGUUCAAGAUCUCUUUUUGAAUGAAAAUUAAUUUUUUAUUUUAUUUUAUUUUUUUUUGAAAGUUCAGCUGGAAGGGCUAUUUUUUGGUGCCUCUACAAAGGUAUUUAACUUUAAUAAAGAACCUUUGAAUUUUAUUGAAAGAGAUUCACCCAGAAGUUGUUACUCUUAUCUUUCCUGCUCUGUGUGAUCUUCGUUUGUUAGUCUAAUGUGAGGUUACCCCGCUCAUGUAGAAAUAUUGAACAUCUUUUAGUCUCAGAAAUAUAUUUUCUGUACAUAAGUUUUAAAACGUAUAGUAAGGAGGAGUAAAGUAUUAAUUUGACAAGUUUUGUUCAGUUUGAAUAACAGUUCCUAAGUUGAGUAUUUUGAGAACAAAUUAGAAUGACAGCUUUUUUUUUCAGUUGCUUUGUGUAUACUGUAAUCAGAAAUGCAGGAUUGGGAAUUAAUGUGGGGUAACUUUUUUUAAAAAUUUUACUUUAAAAAAAAAAAGUGCACUGGAGAAAGAUAUCUCAGUGUUUAGUAUGAGAAAGUAAUAUUAGCCAUACAUAGAAAAUAUGGGUAAUGGUUUUGGGUUUCUUUGAAUUAUUUGUGUAAAACUUGGAAUAUAGUAAACAAAUGGAAAGACUGUUACAAAAUGCUUAAUUUAAAUGUUGUAAAUCUGUGGUAUGGGAAAACAAAGCAUCAAAGAAUACUGAAAAUUAAGGAUUUUAGAUAAUUAUCCAUUCUUCUCUCUCCAUCAAAUGGCUUUGAAAGCAUUCAAAAAUAUUUUAGCUCAUUUUCUGUUACCGUAAUAAGGUUUAUAUACCACUACUUCUCACCUGCAUCCCCCACUGCACGCACACGCCCUCUUAAAUAUCCUGACAAACCUCUUAGAUCCUGCCAGUUACCGUAGGAGUGUAGUACUUCAUAGCUAACAGUGCUGUAAACUUCGCUUAUACCCUAAUUUUUAAUAGGUGAUAGUGGCAACCACUAUCUGAAUGGCCUAAAGAAUAUUUGACUUCAUAGAUUCAAAACUUGAAACAUUCCUAUGAAAAAUGCCCUUUCAGAUGAUUGACAGAUAGGUCCAGCAAUACUAGACAGGCCCAUUUGCUGGGUGUGUGUUGUAUAUAAUUAGCAAUGAAAGAAUAAGGUAGCCUUAUUCUUAUUCUUAGGGCCCUACCAAAUUCAUGGUCCAUUUUGGUCAAUAUCAGGGUUAUAGGAUUUUAAAAAUCAGUCAGUUUGUCUUACUGACUGAUCAAACUGAUAUACCUGGAGAACUGACUUUGAUAAAUCAAGAAACAGCUUGAUUGUCUUUCUAUCUUUGUUCUGAUUACCAUUUCUAGCCAUUGCUUCUUGAAUGUUGCAUCCAACCCUGUGGUCCUGCUGGUUUCAGGUUGGCUAUGAGUGGAAGAUAUUCUCUCUUCAGUGUCUUUCAUUGACUUAGAAUCCUGCAUAAUCCAUGGGACUUCUUGUACAAAACCUAUCUAGGUCAGAAAAUCUUUCUGAAUGGGGGAAAUGGACAAAAAAGAAGUAAAAAAGGACAUUACUAUAGUGAUGAGUAUGGUAUAAAAUAGGUCUGUUGACCUAUAGUUGAAUGGCAUCUUCAUGAGCAAAUGAAUAACCUGUUUUGUGCUUCAUAUUAAGUCAUUUCUAGUUAUCUUUUACCCUUGUGUAUCUGCCUGCCAUUCUCAACAGUAACCUGUAAAGGAAAAAGGUUUGUGCUCUUUUGUUGUUGUUGCAUCUUUAUUAUGUAUAAAGAAGGCUUAUGGGGUAUGUACUUUGGCAAGAGUUCUCCUUCGUUACAUUUAAAAAAAAAAAGGGGGGGGGUUUCUUCGUUUCUCUUGGAGGAUUAUAUGGAUAGCUGCAGAAAACUAAUAGGUUUCAGAAAUAUAAAGCAAGUAAUUCCCUGACUGAGGGAAAGCAGUUUUUAGUCAGGCUGCUUAAAAUGUUGUGUGGCUUUCUUCACGAAUUACCUCUUUCUGAGAAAAAGAACUGGGAGAUAAGAUGUCUUUGGUAAAGAUUCAACAGCCCUGUCCAUUCAGUUAAGAAGAUGUGGCUUGUGAGCCUAAGGAGUUGACUAAAGAGUGUGAUUUUUUUAAACCCUCUAGUUUAACUAAAUUGAAGUUUGUGUCUUAAUUGAGUUUGUGGCUUAUUUCAGUUUAACUUGAUCUGUUUAUUUUUUACAAGAUUAAACUAAACUGAAAUAAGAAUAGCAAACCACAAACUUGCACAAGUUUAACUAAAUUGGUUAAAAUAAUAUCUUUUUAGUUAAAUGGGUAGGAGUCUGUGUGUCUAGACCAGGCUUGAGACCUCUGAGUUCUCAUCAAAAAGUAGGGAAGACCAGCUGUGACAUUCCUGAUAGGAACUCUUUUUAAGCUUAGAAAUGUUUUUUAUACAUCAUAGGAAAGGAGAAAAGGUCAUAAACCAGCAUUUUUCACUUUGCAGGGCACCUUGGAGUGCCUUUUGGGCUGUACUAUCAUCAUGUGGAUAUUUCAGUAAUUGAAGAGGUCUUUGGGAUUUCCCAGCUGCCUAAAAAUUUGCAGUUGUUUGCAACCACAAAUUCUGUGUCCUCUCUUUUUUUUUUUUUUUUUUUUUUUUUUUUAAACCUCUUUCUUACAUAAGAAUCAAUUGGUACAACAAAGGAAAAGGGCAUUUGGUAUCAGUGAGAGAGAAUGAACAGCAUUAUAUGGAAGAAGAGCUGCUUUAGAAGAUUCAUUGCUUAAACCCAGUGUUACAUAACAUCAAUCCUUUAUUCAAAGGAGAUGGAGAAUUUGUGAAUAGGAAGCCACUUAUGCCCUAAUUAUAAAGUCAAACUUACCUAGAAGCAAGCAGUGUGCCAUGAAGAUACAUGUUAGCUGUCUAAACCACAACGCUCAACUUCUGAGUAUAUAGUAUGGUUAUUGAAUACAGAAAAUCCUAGCUAAUCUCGUCCAAACACCUGUCUGUCUCUCUUUACGUCAGCCACCUAUGGGCGCAGAAUUCACCAUUGCUAAUUGAGGUCUUAGGUUUAAUAUUUUUAAAAAUAAACAUAUGACUAUGAAAAUUGUCCUCAUAGAUAACAAUAUUGUGAAGUUAGUGGUGCCAUAAAAUGGAAGCCCUUACACCUUUUUAUUCUCAAAGACCCUUAUUGUUAUACUUUUCCCUUUUAAGCAUUAGCUCGCUUUCCAUAGAGGAACUUUGUGUUAUGUGAACCAAUAGCCCCCAAAUUUAGUACUGCACAUAGUCUAUUGCCAUUGCUUUUUUCCCCCCACAAAGCUCCUAAACAUUUUACUCAUGCUUGAAGAACAAUGUCCAUAGUAAAAAUAGAAAUCAUGAAUGAAAAUACUCAAAGGCCAAAGGAGCUGAAGUGUUUUAUCUUAAGGAAAUGUUCCUAAGUCAGAGUGGGAUCUUAAUAAAAGGAAGAGAGCAGAUUACUAGUGUUCUAAAUUUUAAGAUGAACAUUUACUGUAAAAUAACAAAUAAACUGUUAUUUUAAUCUACAGCUUAAAUCCCCCCAAAGAAGUAUUAAGGGCAAAAUCUUGGGCUCUCUGAUAAAGGCGUACUCUCCAGAGAGUACAAGUGUUACAGAAAUAUUGGAUACACUGUCCUGUUGUUGGGCAAGAUGGCUUAGGGCAGCCAGUCACGCUGUUCAGUGACAUGCAUGUUGCUUCUCCUUUGAAAAGCAUCAGCAUGCCCACCAGUAGUACAGCACCACACAGUGUUGCCACCUAGUUGUCAUUCCCAGCGUGAGGUUGUAAUGCCCUCCUGCUGCGGUAGGGAGGGAUGGAUGGGAAAAACCUCCCGAAGUGGUUCUUACUCACUAGCAUGCCCACAUUGCACCAGUCAGGAUUUUGCUCUAAGGCUUUCUUGCUACAGUCUGCUUAAAUUUUUUACAAGGAAGUUUAAAUUUCACUUUUCCACAGAGUCUGUAACUUUUGAGGCAAUUUGCUGAAGCCCAGAGAAAAAUAAACCACAAACCAAGUCUUUUUUGAAAUCUCCCAUUAUUGGUUGUCAGGUGAAUAAUGAUGUACUGGCCAUUGUUUUGAGAACCAGUAUAUAUGUAUUUUUAUACCUUUGUUGUAACAGUGUUUUUAAUGCAAAUUAAAUUUAUUUGUAAUCCUGAUGCCAUGGAACAUGUCCUCAUGUUUAUUCAUGUCAGUGCCUCCAAUUAGAUCAACUGUUUCUACAUGUUGAUUCUUUCUUAAACUUGAAGCCCAGAUUGAUAAAUUUAUAACAAGUAUAAGCUUAAUAAGUAUAUACUUAUAUAAUAAUAUAUAUUAAGUAUAUACUUAAUUAAGAAGUAUAAUUUAUAACAAGUACAACUCGGUAUCAGUCUGUAAAUGCCAAACAGUUCUUUAGGUUUAGAUUCCCAUUAUUCAAAAUCAGGAAAUGGAAGAAGUUGAGAUCUGUAAUAUCUCUUAACACAGUAUGUUCAUGACUUUGGUAGUACAUUCGUGGGGGAAUUCUGUGCUAAAAAAUUUAAAAUUCUGUGCAGAAUAUGUUAAAAUAUUGCAUAUUUUGUCAAAAUAAUGCCAUAUAACCAUGUCAGUUUCAAUUAUUUUGGUAAUUUAUUUAAACUACAAUACAUGCAUGGAGAAAGAAAGUAGGGAGUGUUGGAGGAGAUCCGCAAAUUCCCUUUGUCUAAUCAUAUGUCGCUAGGUUUGACCUUUUUAUUUCUAGUUAUUAGUCAACAAAUAUAUGCAUCCGUGUGCUCAGUAUUACAUCAUAGGCAACUGAAGAGCACAUGAAGGCUGGAAAGUCAAACUCACAAUUUAUAUUAGCUACUGACCAUUUCCAGGAAGGCCGACAGUAAACAGUUCUUGGAGCACAUUUUGAUAGGAAAAUUUUUCAGUCCAAACAUUUUGACCAGUUCUAAUCACUAAAGCACCAUAAGCAUUGAUAAGGCUGUUUUAUGCUCCUGGGGGGAAUUCACUAAGAAUGGGAACAGUUCACUAACAAUGAUGGGAACAACUAAGCUGGCAGGCUGCUACAUUCUGUUCUGAGGGGACAGAGUCUACCUCACACAUACCUCCAAACACCCAGAAGCCCUACCCCUCCACAUGGGAUGCACCACAAUAGCGAGUGAGAGGGACAAAGUCUCUUUUGCUUGCAUGCCUGCACACCCAGCCCCCACUCCCUCACAGUGAUUUACAUCUCCACUGGCUGCUCCAGGUACCCAAGCCAACAUGCCCAAGGGGCGAGUGACUGCUCUUGCAGCUUCCCUUUGCUUCCCUGUCAAAAGUCAUUUUUCUGCAGGAAAGCAAAACAUUUUUGCGGGGGAUAUGAAUUGUACACGUGCACAGUGGCACAGAAUCCCUCCAGGAGCACAAGUAGUAAACCUCCUGUAGCAUUUAAAGAAGCAACUUUUUGAAAAGUCUUACUGGUUCGCCAUUUUCAAUUACUUUGUGUGAUAGUUUUUGCUGUAUUUUUGAAACCUGAUUUAUGAUGUUUUAUGCUUAUAAAACCAGGCUUUGCCCUAAUUUUCAGUAUUCUUUGUAACUUUGUUUACCUCUAUGUACUAUUGUCUUAUAUACUUCAAAAGCAGAUGGGUAUUUACAAUAUUUUUCAUAAAAGGUAAAACAGAGAAAAGUGUACCAAAAAUUCCAUUUUGUAAAUCUGAUUCUUACAUGUGUAAACAUGGUGUGCCAACAAAAACUGUAUUUCUCCUGUUUCUGGUUUUCCUGUCUUAACUAAAGUGGAAUAUGGGCAUGAUUUAUCUUGCAGUGUCAUAAUAUGAGUAGAUAAACAUUUUCGAGAACAUUUAUCUGUGGCAGAAAUGGGAGGGAACCCGCUUUUAUCCUAGUAUAUCAUUCCCUUUUAAGUAUAAGGACAUAUUUGUACUUAAAAAUACUAUUACAUUGUUUAGGCCCAGAAUUUCACUCAAGUUAAAAUUGUUGUAAACUGUAAAUUAUUGCAAACUGUACAUGUCUCCAGAUUGUAAAUAUUUUUUAAAUCUAUCAUAGUUACUGGGAACUUUAAAAAUUAAUAUUUUAUGUAUAACCUCACAAUUGUUGCUCUGUUGCUACUGAGAUAGCUUUUGUUAGCAAAAGGUACGUAGAUCAACACAUCCUGUUCCUAGAACUGUGCUGGCAUUGACAAUAUUGAUGCUCACAAAGCAAAUUAUCUGUAACAGACUGUGACCAAGAGAUGAAAAAUCUUUAUUUGCCCAUGGAAAAGGUCAAAAUUUACGGGAAACUUCCAAGUCCCCCUCUCUAGAUUAGGGUAGGUUUUCAAAAAUUUCCCACUUACACGUUGAGUUCCACUAUCUUGGCAAGAUUAAGCACCUUCAUUUGCUUGUCUACCAGUUAUCACUGUUUUAAAACACCAUAUUGAUUAGAGCUGCUCUGAGCAAAGUUACAUGACGCGGUGCUUUAAAAUCAGGCACACCUUCUAUGCUGUACUGCAGAAGGCUCCCAAAAGUUGAUAACAUAGUGGAACCUAACUGGUAUUGGCAAAGUUGCAUCAUUUAAAAAAAAAAAAAAAAAACAAACCCCAAAACCAGAGGAUAAGGGUACAAUAUUACCAACGUCUACACAAAGAACAAACUCCAUCUUCUGUGCAUGCAAGGUGUUACUAAAGUGCCUGGACCUGCACAUCCUAGAGCAGAUACUAGGAAAUGACAUUUUCAAGCAGAUGUUUUCUAAAGUUGUGCACAUGCCUUUGUGCUUCUCUUGGUAGGUAUGCAUACCUAGAAGAUAGCCUGCAUUUUCUUAAAAAGAGAUCAUCUAGUCUGUAAAAACUUGCCAUGGGAAUUUAAUUUUAACUCAUUGAAAUACGUGUGUAUGUAUGUAUGUGUAUAUGUAUAGAUGAUUGAUGUGGAAAAAUAAAUUCUCAUGGCUAAUACUUUAACUCUAUAUACCUUUUUAUUUCCAAUAAGUUUAUUUUUUGCUUUUAUUGCAUAAAUAUUCCAAGAAUUCUGCCUUCCCUUUACUGUAUUUGUAAGAACACCUCAGUUCCUCUUACACUUUCACACUUUUUCCAUACUUGAGAUUAAAGAAAUUACAAUUCUGUACCGUUAGGACUGUCUGCAAUGGAAUGGUUGACUUUGAAAGAUACCUGCUUUGCUACAAGUUUGUAGUUUGAGCUCCAGUCCUGCAAGGACUUGCGUAUUUAACUUGAUCUCAAUGGGACUAUUCAUGAGCAUUAAUGAGAUCAAACCUAGAAUACAAAAGAGCAGGAAUUACAUGGACAUAUGGAGCUGAACAUAAUGGAUCCAAAACAGGAGACCAGUGUUAACUGUUGUACAGUUUUUUAAAUUUUGUAUUUUUAAUAACAGCCUUAUGUACUGUUGAAUGCUUUUGUUAGGACAGUGGGCUGCCAGCUUGACUUUUAACUAUCUUUUAUAAGAAUUUGCAUGCUUUAAAUUUUAAGAUUAAAAAAAUCUAUCAAACUUGAUCGGUCUGAUUCAGCAGAAAAAAAAAUGAUGAAAUAAACAUUUUUAGAUGCCUAGUCUGGAGGUAAUUAUUCUGCAUGUUACCUGUAAAGUGCUUGUAACUUGAACUGUUUGCAUUGAAUUAAGUCUGUACCAAAGGAAGCACUCCUUAAAGGAAGCCUUAUAGUGUGAGCUUUUAGCUCUAAAAAAUGGCUUUAGCAAUUAGUAUAUUUAAUGUAUAUAGCACAUGGUUUGGGGAAAACUUAUUCCUGUAAGCUACUAUACAUUAGUUUUUUUACACUGUGUGUAAGAAAUUAUGUUGCUUGUUGCUGCUAAUGGUUUAUCUGGAGAAUUGAAGAUUUUCUGUCUUGCUUGAAAAGUGUUAGCAUGUGUCAGGCAGCAUUUUCCUAAUGUUGAUGAACAUAGUAAUAAAGCUCACUAAGUUUUGAUGUUAAUUUAAUAAAAUUCUGUGAAAUACAAAGAUUAUGCUUUUUGAGCUCCCCAGUUGUCAUUCGGUGAAAAAUUUGUAAUUUAUGAUUGUGGUUGAUUAUACAAACAUAAAAUAAAAUUAUGUGCUAAAAGAGAAUGUAUAUUGGCUAAAGUACUAGUGGGGUUACCACAGGGACUGCAGGGAAAGCUGUUGAUAAACUACUAAACUACAUGGACUCACUUCAAUCAAUCUUGUUUGGCUCUUCAUUGUCAGUGGUAUUGUGAAGGCCAAAAGUGGAAGUGAGUUUGAAAAAAAAUUGGUAACAUUCAUAGAGGAUAGGUCAAUCAAUAGCUGGUGGCCAACAUGGUCAGGGACACAAACCCCAUGCUCUGGGUGUGUGACUGCCAGAAACUGGGACAGGAUGUCAGAGGGGUGGAUCAUUCAAUAAAUUACUGUUAUGUUCAUUCCUGUGAAGCAUCUGGCACUGGCCACUGUUAGAAGACAGGAUGAUGGGCUAGAUGGACCAUUAGUCUUGACCCACUGUGGUCGUUCUUAUGUUCUUAAUCUGCUUGCCUUUUUAAAGUUUUAAUUCAAAUGAGGGAUUUAAUGUUUGAUGCAAUGUUGGUGUUUUAGAAUUUGCUAAGUGUAAUAGAAGUGUUCUAAUCUUUAGUCAGCAUAUGUCUUGCUUUUAUGCACUGUAACCUGACCUUUUAAACUGUUUGUUUAUACGACAUAUACUGGGCUGCGGUAUGAUUUUCAUUAUUUUAUACAGUGCUGCCCAAAUCAGAAAUAAGGCAACUUUUAAAACCAAAGAUCAAUAAAUGUGUUUCAUUCUUAAA